AUGGAUCUCGACAAAGCCCGUUCCCAGAUCUCAGAGGUGGAUCGCAAGUUGGUCGAUCUGCUGAACGAGCGCGCGCGUCUGUCGCUGAACGAGGGCGAGCCCGAGGUGUAUGUCCCCGGCCAGGAGAAGCGCGUAUUCGAGAAGGUGCGCGGGCUGAACCAGGGCCCGCUAUCGGGCGAGUCCGUGUGCGCCAUCUACCGCGAGAUCAUUCAGGACGUGACAGUUGGAUACCUUGGCCCACCGGGCACGUUCUCCCACCAGGCGGCUAUGAAGCGCUUCGGUGACAGUCUGGCGACCGUUAUUGGUGCUGUGGCCAAGGAGGAGAUCACCUACGGCCUGGUGCCGAUUGAGAACUCGACCUUUGGCGCGGUGCCCUCAGUCAGGAUCCGUGCCGAAGUCUACUUGCCCGUGACCCAGGCGCUGCUGUCGCGGUACCAGCUGCCAGCAAUCCGCAAGGUGUACUCACAUCCACAGGCGUUCGGCCAGACCCGCGUGUGGCUGGACCAGAAUCUGCCGAAUGCUGCCCGGGUUGAAGUUGCGUCGACGGCCAAGGCGGCGGAGCUGGCGGCUGCAGAGAACUACACGGCGGCUGUAUCGAGCGAGGUGUGUGCGUCCCUGUACCACCUGGACGUGGUUGCUAAGGACAUCACCACCAACAAGAGCAACGUGACCAGGUUCUUUGUGCUGGGCCAGUCGUCGGACAACCCGACUGGCGAUGACAAGACGCUGCUGAUUGCACUGAACGUGUUUGGCAAGCACAAGAUCAAUCAGACAGCCAUCAACUCGCGCCCGUCGGGCCAGCGCCAAUGGCAUUAUAUGUUCUUCGAUGCCAAUGUUGCCAGCGCGCUGGACGAGAUCAAGUCGUACUGCCUGGACUUGGUCGUCCUCGGCUCGUAUCCACGCCAGUCGUACUAA